AUGACUCAUGUUGUUUGGAAUGAUACUAUUUUUCCAGAAGAUUUUGAAACUGAGUGGCAUUCAAUAAUGUCUACUUUUGGAUUUGAAAAUAACGAGUGGUUAAAAGAUAUGUACGAUCUUCGAUUUGAUUGGAUUCCCGCUUAUUACCAUGGAGAGAAUUUGGCUGGUCUUAUGCGUACUACGUCUAGAUGUGAAAGCGAGAAUUACUUCUUUGGUCAGAUUUGCAAUCCAAGAUGUACCUUUGUUGAAUUUUUCACUCAUUUUGAGACUGCAAUGGAUAUUCAAAGGCAUGAGCAUAGGAGGAAUGAUCAUGAUACAAGGUAUAUUCAGUCUAAGACCUGGAGUGACUUUAUUGCAAUUGAUGCUGCCAUUACAAAGUGUAUGUCAAAGUCUCAUGAUACUGUGGGUGAUGUUCAAUAUUAUGAAAUAAAGGGUUUCAAACAGCCAUGCACAUUUUUAUUCAAGGUUCAAUACAGCAAACAAGAAGAUGGUUUAAGUAUAAGUUGUACUUGCAAAUGGUUUGAACAAUUUGGUAUAUUGUGCCGCCAUAUAUUUUAUGUUCUACAGUAUGAUGAUAUAACUGAGUUUCCUAGAAGAUAUCUUCAUAGAAGAUGGAUGAGAGAUGUUGUUUCAAAUGGAUCAAAUCAUUGCAAUAUUCGGUUUGAUGAAAUUGGUAGGAAUAGUGAAAUUGAUAAAGUUUUUAGAGAAAUCGUUGUUUCAAAUGAGUAUGUGGUUAAUAGGUUGGUUGGGGAUUUAGACGAGUUGUGUCGUUACAGGGAUCAUAUUAAAAGUUAUAUUGAUAAAGCGGAUGAGGUUAUGGUUGCUGCGCCAGAAAGAUUUGCUGAUAUUGGAGGGAACUUAGAAAAGUCAGAUUCUAUGAUUCGUGUCCCGAUCAAAAUAAGGACCAUAGGAUGCGGUGUACAAAAAAGGAUCAAGUCUAAUCGUGAGAUUGCAAUUCAGAAAUCAUUAAAGAUCCAGAAAUCGUGCCGUGUAUGUGGUGGAAAAGGACAUAACAGUCGCACAUGUAAAGAUAAGGUUUCGUCUAAUGCUAUAGGUUCUAGCAAUGCAAUUUAA